GGUGCUGCUGCAGUUGGUGCUGCCGUGGGCGGUGCAUUGACUUAUUGGUCUAUGAAGAACGAGCAGAGCCGAGCGCCUCAGCAAGAAUACGAUGCUCCCCAUCUCCAGCGCCGGUCGACGUAUCCUCAUCCUUCGCAGGCGCAGCGAUAUAUUGAAGUCGAGCGCACUGACAGAAUCAGGUACCCAGACGACUACGCAAAUGACCCGCGGAAAUACCCUCCCAUCAGCGGAUCCAAGUAUGCGCCCAGCGGCGCUCGUAGUCGUGCAAUGGAGGACCUGGACGACUCUGAUCGCCGUAGCCACUAUACCACCGGUUCCAAAGCACGUAGACGUAGCGAGGUCUCGACUUCCAGAAAGCCACUACUCCUAGCGGAUGCCGAACACAGGAGUGUUGCAGGGUCCAAACACACUGCUAGUGGUCCUAAGCUCCUCAUGGACCACGCUUACAGGAGUGACGCCGGCUCAGGAACCGAAAUCGGCGCGGACCCUGCCUACCUCAGCGUAGCUCCAUCUCGCCGCAGUGCGGCUCCGUCGGUGGAUGGAUUGUUCAAGCCUGUCGAUUAUCAUAGCCGUGCACCGAGCCAUGCAGGCACAAAGGUCAGCGCAGCACCGUCACGCCACACUGCAGCAUCAUCUCGGCGAAGCAGUGUCUCUCGGAGACACGAACGCGACGACGAUGACCACCGCAGUUACACCACUGCGCGUGCUCCCAGACCGGCAGAGGUAGAAACAUUUGUCUCCGCACGGGGCGAUCGGUCGUCGGCGAGCACAGUCCGCCCAGCACAGCCGCGAACAAUGUAUACCGGCGAGCACGGAGUGACUGCCGAUAUGAAUGUCGGCAACCUCCUUGCUGCUGAGUUUUCUCGCUCAAGGAAGGCGCCUCCCUCUUCCAGGGUCGAUGGCGGCACGUCUCGGGACGAUCGGAGUCGGGUUUCAGCAGCUACUGCGAUCAAGGUGCCCGUCAGGAGUCGAGCGCCUAGCCAUGCUACGCUCCGAGAGGCUCCUUUGCCCGGCAGUUAUAUGGAUGACGCACGGUCCGAAUGGGAGGUCUGGGAGGAUGACGGGAAGCGUGUGGCGCCGGACGACAGUAUCAGCUGCAUCGGCAGGAGCCGGCGGAGCCGGCGUUGAGAGCCGGCAGCAUAAAUGCGGCUGUCUUUCAGCUUGGUCAACAGGACAUUUCAUACGACAGCAUUAUUUUCAGCUUAUAGUGUAUCAUGAACAUAUACGACCUUUUUCUUUCUGUACUGCAUUUGUGGAUAUGCAAGGCACU